UUUACUAGACGUAUAUUCGAUUAACGUUAUAAAUUUACUAGAUAUAUCGCAUUCUCUCUAAAUAAAAAUGUCCUCUUAUUAAAUAAGUAAUCCUAAUUAAAUCAGUUUCAGUUUGUGGACAAUGAAAUGAAUAAAUCUGACUGCAAUAUAGUUCUUGUUUUAUCAUCUAAUUAAGUCACAGAAUACGUGUAGAUGUUUCACACUGUCAUCGAUUUAAUUUGACGUUUUGGACGGAUCGUCUAUACGUUUGAAAUUAAUUUGAAAGGAAUACUAAACUUAUUACGUUUGCAACUACGUGAUACUUUUUGUUUUGCCCUCGUUCCAUUCAUUUAUACUGUAAGGAAUUUGGAAAUAAACAUUUUAUACGUAUAUAUAUACAUAUAUAUCUUUAUACAAUCAAAAUGCACGAAGCAUAUAAAAAUAUGCCUAUAAUGAAUAUAACAGUGCAAAUAGAAUCUAUGAUUGCAUAUGAUGAUAACUUAUUGAUUGGCACAAGAGAAGGACAAAUUUUCAUGUAUAAUGUUCCUUCAAAAUUAGAUGAAACUCAUAAAUUAGAAUUAUUACGCCACAGUAAAAAUUUUAACAAAAAACGUAUUAGUCAAAUGGCUGUUGUAGCAGACUAUAAUUUAUUAAUUUUACUUACAGAUGGUAUAGUUUCUAUUCAUGAUCUCAAUUCAGUGAAUUUUCAACUAAUCUGCCAGUUGCAAAAAACAAAGGGAGCAACGUUAUUCGCUUUAGAUGUCCAAAGAACAAAAAGUUCAACGGAUGAAAAAGAUAUUGUUGUGCGCUUAUGCGUUGUUGUAAAGCGUAAACUACAACUAUAUCAUUGGAAAAGCAAGAAAUUUGAGGAGUGUAGUAAUUUUGAAUUAACAGUACCAGAUAUACCACGUGAAUUAUCAUGGUGCGGAGAAACUCUGAUAUUAGGAUUCCGUGGUUUAUCUUAUACCAUUUUAGAUUUAACUGGCAAACCUAAGGAACUAUUUCCUACUGGAAAAUCACCGGAGCCUAGUGUUACUAAAUUAUCAGAUAAUUCUUUUGUAUUAGGAAAAGAUUCUCAUUCUAUUGUUAUGGAUACAGAAGGAGAAUUAAUUCAACAUAAUCCUAUUAAAUGGUCAGACACUCCAAGCGUCAUAGCAUGGGAUGAUCCUUACUUACUUGGCAUUGUACACGACAGAUUAGAAGUAUAUACUUUGGAAGGUUGCUUACACAUUCAAACAAUAAAAGAUUUAAACAAAGCUAGACUUAUAUGUAGAUGUAAACAAGGCAAAGUCUUUGUAGCAUCUAUCAGUAGUGUAUGGUGCGUGACGGCUAUUGAUGUAACACAACAAAUUAGAACUUUACUUGAACAAAAUCAAUUUCAGUUAGCAUUAAAAUUAACAAGUUUAUCAGACAUAAUAGAAGAAGAGAAGGUGAAACAAACCUAUAAAAUACAAACUUUAUAUGCGCAUCAUUUAUUUUAUAAUAAAAAAUUUCAAGAAGCUAUGGAUUUAUUUUUGGAACUUGGGACUGAUCCUUAUGAGGUAAUCAGAUUAUUUCCUGACUUAGUAACGCCAUCAACUAGUAGCCACGAUCUCGGCGAUUCAUCGACAAACUUACCAAAACUUCCAAAUCAUGAUUUGGAAAAAGGUUUACGCGCUUUAAUAAUUUUUCUGACCGAUGUCAGAUACAAAUUAAUAAGUGAUACAAAAACAAAAGAUAAGGAUAAUAACAAGGAAAAAAGUGUAAUGGAAAGUGAAAAAAAUCUCACUGCUGUAGCUACUGAACAAUUGUUAAAGAUCAUAGAUACUACUCUACUCAAAUGUUAUUUACAGACGACCGAUGCAUUAGUAGCACCGUUACUAAGAUUAAAUCAUUGCCACUUGGCAGAAGCUGAAAAGACAUUACUUAUGCAUCAAAAAUAUCCAGAACUUAUUAUAUUAUAUCAAACGAAAGGACAACAUAGGAAGGCUUUAGAGCUAUUAGAAAAGCAUGCCAAAGAAAAUGAUUCUAGCUUAAAGGGAACUGAAAGAACUAUCCAAUAUUUGCAGCAUCUUGGCAAAGAUCAUAUGGAUUUAAUUCUUAAAUUCGCAGGGUGGGUUUUGGAAGAAGAUCCUGAACAAGGACUUAGAAUCUUUAUGGAAGAUAUACAAGAAGUCGAGCAUUUGCCUAGACCUAAGGUCUUGGAUUAUCUUUUACGUUGUCACAAAGAUUUAGUUAUAACAUACUUGGAACAUGUGGUGCGUGUAUGGGAAGAUACAAAUCCAUUAUUUCACAAUGUUUUAAUACAUCAAUAUAAGGAGAAGAGUCUAGCUUCUAUGAAUGAAAAUGCAACGCCCGCUGAAAAAGAGAUAUCCCAGCACAUCAGACAAAAAUUACAACAAUUUUUGGAGAAAUCUGCGUAUUAUACGCCAGAGACAAUAUUAGUACAUUUCCCAUUUGAUUGUUUAUUCGAAGAACGUGCAAUUAUUUUAGGAAGGCUUGGACGUCAUCAACAGGCUAUAUCGAUAUAUAUUAAUCUCUUAAAUGAUGUACCACGUGCAAUAGAAUAUUGUAAUAACGUAUAUGAAAGAUGUCAUAAUGAAGAGAAAACGGAUAAACAAAAAAAAUCUGAAGGAGCAGACGAGGUUUAUGUAAUGCUUAUUAAUCAACUAUUGAAACCUGAUGAUGCAGGAGCUCUAAUGGCUGGUUGUAACACAAAGAUACAACGUAAGGUACAACCGGAUCCAGAAAUGGCAUUGCGUUUACUCGAAGAACAUGCUUCUAAAAUAAAUCCUUUAAAAGCUCUAGCAAUCUUACCAGAUACAGUACCGAUCGGUAGGAUAAAACGUUUUCUAGAAGUUAGUCUUCAAAAUAAUUUAAACACGAGACGUAAAAUUCAAGUUUUGAAAGGCUUACUUUAUGCAGAACAUUUGCAAGUACAAGAACAACGUAUGCAUUAUGAGUCACAGAGUGUCCUCAUGACAGAGUUUAAUAUAUGUCCAGUAUGUAAAAAAAGAUUUGGGAAUCAGAGCGCAUUCGCAAGGUAUCCCAACGGCGACAUCGUGCAUUAUUCGUGCCAAGAUCGUAAAGGAUGAAUAAAUGUUUUAUCAUAUUAUAUACACAGCAACAUUGUUAUGUAUAUAUAUGUUCUUUUUUUUAUCAAAUCAAAGAUCACCAGUGUCCUACAAUUUUCAACAUUUUAAUAAUUACUAAGUACCAGUUACAAUAUAUUAAUAACAUGUACGAUAUUGUAUAAUUCACAGUAAUGCAUUAAAGCAGAUGAAAGAGAAAGAGAGAGGGAGAGAGAGAGAGGGAGAGAGAGAGAGAGAGAGAGAGAGAGAGAGAGAGAGAGAGAGAGAGAGAGAGAGAGAGAGAGAGAGAGAGAUAGGAAUAAUUAAUACUUUCAAGUACUACUUGGCAUUUUUUAUUUAAUUAUAUGAAUAUAUUUAUAUAUACUUUCAUUUUUGUACAAUCCAAAAAGAAAAAUAUUAAUUGAAUUUACGAGAAUAAUUAAUGUUUAAAAUUUUCGUUGAAAUUAUAUUUACCACUUCUUAUAUAUAUUUUUAAAAAAAUAGUAUAACAAGACAGAUAUUUGAAAACUCACAUGACUGGAAAUAAAACUGCGUGGCAGGAAUUUGAUUUUAUAAAGCAGCAAGUACAAGUGUUUCUUACGAUGACUAUAAAAAUAAUGAUAAAUAUCGAUUUAUUAUAUUUCCAACGAUCAUAAAUGUUUAGAGAGAAAAAAUUAUAAAAGUUAAGAUAACAAGGAAUAUAUGGAAGAUGGGGCGUGCCCGAUCCAGAAUGUGUUAUAAACAGGGCCGAUGAUGUCAUAGACGAUAUCUUGUAUUCCUACGCCUGCACGCAAGCACGCAGGUACAUACAUACAAGUACGGUGCUUCCUACCGGUCUGAAUGCUUCUUACCGGUUUCCGAUUUUUGUAGACGUACAUCGAAAUGUAAUUUAAUAAUUAUUACAGAAAUUCAAUCCUCCUUCUCGAGAAAACAGAUUUAACCAUUCCAAGCACCGUUACUUUUCUUUAAUAACAACGUCGAAGUUUAACACGUUUAGCUUUUAUAGAAUUCAUAUAACAAAAAUUAUGUAUACAUUACGUGAGCGAUGGAAAGUAACGUAUAGUAUUGCGAAUUAACACAGACACGAUUACGUCUUCUACUUCGACAAAAAUAUACGAUGUAUGUACGAAAAAGAUCUAAGGUUAAUAAAUAUACCAAUUAUAUAUUA